CGGACGCCGCCCCGGGUGAGGCAGCACCGCAAGGAACUAGACGCGUUCAUGGACACCGUCGUCCAGGAGCACCAGGAGAACCGCCGGGCAGACGACGACGAUGACGAGGACCUGCUUGACGUGCUCCUGAGGAUCCAGCGGAAAGGCGACCUGCAGUUCCCCUUGUCGACCGAAAUGAUCAAGUCGGUCGUACAGGACAUAUUCGCCGGUGGCAGCGAGACAGCGGCGACGACACUGCAAUGGGCCAUGUCCGAGCUGGUGAGGAGCCCUAGAGUGAUGCGGAAGGUGCAGGACGAGGCCCAGCUGGCGCUCGCCGGCCAGACCACGGUGACCGAGUCCUCCCUCGCCGACCUCAAGUACAUGCGCCUAGUGGUCAAGGAGGUGCUCCGCCUGCACCCGCCGGCGCCGCUGCUGCUGCCGCGGGAGUGCCGGAGCGACGGUUGUCAAGUCCUUGGCUACGACGUGCCCAAGGGCACCAUGGUGCUCAUCAAUGCGUGGGCCAUUUGCAGGGACCCCACGCACUGGGACGCCGCCGAGGAGUUUAUGCCAGAGAGGUUCGAGCGCGGUGACGCCGCGGACUUCAAGGGGGCUGACAUGGAGUACACGCCGUUCGGGGCGGGCCGGCGGAUGUGCCCCGGGAUGUCCUUCGGGCUGGCAAACGUGGAGCUCGCUCUCGCCGGGCUGCUGUACCACUUCGACUGGGAGCUGCCGGGCGGAGCGGAGGCCGGGGAGCUGGACAUGGCGGAGGAGAUGGGCGUCACCGUGCGCCGCCGCAACGACCUCGUGCUUGUCCCCGUGGUGCGAGUGCCCGUGCCGCUAAAUUAGUUGAUAAAAGCUUCGGUUAAUCUUUUUCGGUUAAUCUGGUUUCUGGAAGCGGGCAAUGAAGUAUUCUUCUGCACGCAGUUGGUAUCCCUCCUGUA